AUGGAGACCGCGGGGGCUGAGGGGCGGCGGGAGGAGGAGGAGGAGGAGGAGGAAGAGGGUGAGGACGGGCGUAUUGACCUCACAGCAGAUGCAACUACUAGUAAUGCAAGUGGCAAUAGUGCAGACUCAAGGCAACAAGAAGAUGACAGCAGCUUCUCACUGUUAACCUGGAACAUUGAUGGGCUGGAUAUAAGAAAUCUAAAAGAACGAGCUAAAGGAGUCUGCUCUUACCUAACAUUAUACAGUCCAGAUGUCGUGUUUUUUCAAGAGUUCAUCCCACCCCAUCUCCGUCUCCUGCAGGUGUUUGCAGGCAUUUAUGAUAUUAUUCCAGGUAACACAGAUGGCUAUUUCACUGCCAUAAUGUUGAAGAAAACAAGAGUGAAGCUACUGAAAUAUGAGAUAAUACCUUUUCCAACAACCUCCAUGAUGAGGAACCUUUUGGUUGUGCAUGUGAGCAUAUCUGGUAAUGCAGUCUGCCUUAUGACCUCUCAUCUGGAGAGCACUAAAAAUCACUCUAAGGAGCGUAUGAAGCAACUGCGAAUGGUCUUCAACAGAAUGCAGAAGGAGUCUGAGUCCACCACUGUUAUAUUUGGAGGGGAUACAAACCUGAGAGACAGUGAGGUUGCUAAACUAGGGAACUUACCUAACAACAUCACGGAUAUCUGGGAGUUUUUGGGUAAACCUCAGCACUGCCGCUACACUUGGGACACCCACUCCAAUACUAACAUGGAUGCAGGGUACAAGUGCAAGAUGAGGUUUGACCGCGUUUACUUCCGGCCUGCAGCAGGCGAGGGACAUAUUAUUCCACGGACGAUGGACUUAAUUGGAUUGGAAAAACUAGACUGUGGCAGAUUCCCUAGUGAUCACUGGGGUCUUCUGUGUAACUUUGAUGUGAUAUUAUAAAAAAGAAAAA